GGGGCCCAGCGCCUGGACGAACUCAGCCUGCUGCAGCACAAGAGGGGCUCUGGGGGAGACGGCGCUGCAUGUCGCAGCGCUCUAUAACAACCUGGAGGCCGCCAAGGUCAUCAUGGACGCCGCCCCGGACCUGGUCACGGAGCCCAUGACCUCUGACCUGUACGCAGGUCAGACGGCUCUGCACAUGGCCGCCGUGAACCAGAACGUGGCCCUGGUGCAUGCCCUGCUGGCCCGCGGGGCCCACGUCUCCGCCCGCGCCACCGGCUACGCCUUCCGCCGGACCCCACACAACCUCAUCUACUUCGGGGAGCAUCCUCUGUCCUUCGCAGCCUGCGUGGGCAAUGAAGAGAUCGUGAGGCUGAUCCUCGAGCACGGAGCUGACAUCCGGGCCCAGGACUCCCUGGGAAACACCGUGCUCCAUAUCCUGGUUCUGCAGCCCAGCAAGACUUUUGCCUGCCAGAUGUACAACCUGCUGCUAUCCUAUGAGAAACAGGGGGGUGGCCUGCAGCCCCUCGAACUCAUCCCCAACCACCAGGGCCUAACCCCCUUCAAGCUGGCGGGCGUGGAGGGCAACACCGUGAUAUUCCAGCACCUGAUGCAGAAGCGGAAGCAUGUCCAGUGGUCGUUCGGGCCACUGACCUCCACGCUUUACGACCUGACCGAGAUCGACUCCUGGGGGCAAGAGCAAUCUCUGCUCGAACUCCUCGUCACCACCAAGAAGCGCGAGGCCCGCCAGAUCCUGGACCAGACUCCGGUGAAGGAGCUGGUGAGCCUCAAGUGGAAGACGUUCGGCCGCCCUUACUUCUGCCUGCUCGGCAUCGUCUACAUCCUCUACAUGGUCUGCUUCACCACGUGCUGCGUCUACCGCCCGCUGAAACCGAGGCCCGACAACCGCACCGGGAAACGUGACACCACCAUAGCCGUGCAGAAACUGCUGCAGGAGUCGUACACGACGCCCUCUGACGCCGUCCGGCUUGUCGGGGAGCUGCUGACCGUGUUUGGGGCCGUGGCCAUUCUGCUCCUGGAGAUCCCAGACAUCCUGAGGGUAGGAGUGACCCGCUACUUUGGACAGACCAUCCUCGGGGGGCCUUUCCACGCCAUCUUUAUCACAUAUGCGUGCAUGAUCCUGGGGAUAUUGGUAAUGCGUCUGACCAACACGGACGGCGAGGUGGUGCCCAUGGCCUGCGCUCUGGUGCUGGGCUGGUGCAACGUCAUGUACUUCGCCCGUGGCUUCCAGAUGCUGGGCCCCUUCACCAUCAUGAUCCAGAAGAUGAUUUUUGGGGACUUGAUGCGGUUCUGCUGGUUACUGGCUGUGGUGCUAAUGGGAUUUGCUUCAGCCUUCUACGUCAUCUUCCAGACUGAGGAUCCCCAAGACCUGGGCCAUUUCUCCGACUACCCCAUGGCGCUGUUCAGCACCUUCGAGCUGUUCCUGACCACCAUCGACGGUCCAGCCAACUACGAGGUGGACCUGCCGUUCAUGUACUGCCUGGUGUACUCGGCCUUCGCCGUCAUCGCCGCCCUGCUCAUGCUCAACCUGCUCAUCGCCAUGAUGGGUGACACCCACUGGCGCGUGGCCCACGAGCGCGACGAGCUCUGGAGGGCGCAGGUGGUGGCCACCACGGUGAUGCUGGAGCGGAAAAUGCCACGCUGCCUCUGGCCCCGCUCCGGGAUCUGCGGGCGCGACUAUGGGCUGGGCGACCGCUGGUUCCUGCGGGUGGAGGACCGCCGUGAACGGCGUCACCAGCGCCGGGUGGAGGACCGCCAUGAGCAGCAUCACCAGCCCCUACAGCGUUACGCCCAGGCCUUCCGAGAGUCAGGGCUCGACGACGACGACAAGGACACGCCGGACAAGCUGAACAAACUGGACAGGCUGGACCUGGCCCUAGCCGCCUUCAAGAAACACCUGUCCAUCCCCACCCCCUCCCUGUCCCGCAGCACCUCCCGCAGCAGCGCCAACUGGCAGCGGCUGCGCGAGGGCACACUGGGUCAGCUAAAUGGGGUGGUCAACCCGGCCCUGCAGCUGGACAGGGAAGAGGAGGAGGAGAGAGUUUACCAGGUGUGAGUGACCCUCCUCAACACUGCCUCCCCACCAUGGGACUGGAACAGGUUGUCAUCCCCCCCACAAAUACACAGAUAAUGGGAUGGGUUGGUAACCCCCAACACCCAUGGAGGGAAAAGACCAGGCUCCUCCUCCAACUCACACACAGUGGAAUGGAUUGAUAACCUCCCAACCUUGGUGGGAAUGGGACAGGCUAGUGUUUUCUCUCCUCCCCACCCGCUUUCCCACCCAUGGGGUGCACGGAACAGGCUGCCACACACACGCACCCCAGAAAUGGAACAGCCUCGUAGGCCUUCCUGGUCUCCCCCACAAAGAGGAAGUGAAACGAACCAGGAGACCCCGUUCCCAUCCGCCAGGCUCCCUUCUGCUCUGGCCUGGGUCCCAGGGUUCUCCACAGAUAGACACUUCUACCCACCUCCUCCUCCUCCGUGGACACAGGAGGACGAGACCAGAUGAUAUAUGCCCGUAGGCCCCAUCCGCCAGGCUUCCCUCUGCUCUGGCCUGGACCCCUGGGUGCUCCACAGGAAGACACUUAUUUCCACCUCCUCCUCCAUGGACGCAGGAGGACGAGACCAGGUGAUACAUGUCCUUAGGCCCCUUCUCAGAGCCCAGCCUCCCCCUGCCCCUUUCUCCCUCUGAUGGCGUAGAAAGGAAACCACUCUUCAGAGGAAGGUUCGGGGGCGAGGACCGGUCAGUGCCCCUUUUUCAAGCCUCAGCAGCCUCGCUCUUCCCUUUUCCCCCCGGUUAUUUGCACUGCCAGACAAAAGCACUUUAUGGGCAAGCGCAGGCGCCCCCUCCCCUGAGACCCCAUCCCAACCACCCAGCAGCCUGAAUCCACCUCCCCCUGCUGCCUUAACCCCUGUGACGGGAAAGAGGUGUGAGGGGCUGGCAAGGGGGAUAACUGGGACCAUUGAGCGGGCACGUCUGGAGACGCGGGUGGCGUGUGAGAGUUGGAUUUGGGGUGGUCACUCCCGGCCACAGCCCCUUCCAAUAAAUUCUGCU